AUGGGUAGACAGGAGCCAGGAAACGCUUUUCUGCGCUCAAUUAGAGUCAUCUUGCUCGCUUUUGCAAACCUCUUGCUCUUCUUUGCCCUGUUCACUACACCGAUACUCCAGAACUUCAGCACGGUUAACAUCCAGACCACCAACCUGACAGACGUCUCGGUCUCGACGAUUGCCAGAUUCCAGCGGGCCUCACUGGCACAGCAGCGAUCAAGAGCAGAUGGCACAACUCAGCAAUUUCUAACAAACACUCGAAACGUAGCGACUACCUGGCUGGGACCAGACUAUACCGUCGCGUUCGACAGGGCGAUUGAUUUUGCGUUCGGCAACAUCUCCACUCCCUCGAUUGACGAACAGACCGUCCUCAUGGCUGCUCUACCAGCAUCUCCCGAGCCCAUCGUCAUACGAGGAAUGCGACUGGACGAUCUGGUCCAGCGAACAAUCAGCUCGCUACCGGCUGUGCGACGAUUGAACAUUCGGAUUGGUGGCUGGGGCGCUUGUGGAGGCGCAGAAGGAGACGUGCCGUCCUGCGCAUCUGUCUUGACACCUCCUCUGUUUCCGAGUUUCGCUCAGCAGCAGAUUUACCAAGUUCUGUUGGCACAGUCCCUACCGAGUGGCAUCUUCCAUACAACAUCCGUUUCGAUGCUUUUCUUUGGUCUUCUGCUCAUGUGGCUGCCUCGGCUGCCGAAAUCACAGCCCCUUGUCAGGCAGCUCAUGCCGUGGCUUGUGCGCGAGCCUUUCGGCUUGGUAGGCACCAUCGGAGUUUUCUUAGGCGUUGGAGCGGCUGCAGCCGAUAUGUCACAGCUGUUCGCGUACCAAACGCUGACGGCCGUGACGAGUCAGGGUGCGGUCAAGGCAUCUGCCGGGCCUGCACUGUAUAUCACGGGUCUCGCAGCCAUGUUGCUCCUUGUAGAACAAGUUUUGAAGCAGAUACCGAUCGCGCUCCAUUCAAUCAAGCAGCAAAACAUACGUCGUAGCAUGCGAUCGAACGGCAAGUCGGUUCAGUCUGACUCACGACCACCUUCACCCGGUUUGCCGACUUCAUACAAGGCCGACGAUGCUGAAGACGGGCCGCGAGACUUCUUCGGCGAUGAGCUCGACAGGCCAGACUAUAUGCGCGACGAAAUCAAGUCGGAUUAUGGUGACAUUGUGGAUCGAUACGGCGGCAGUGGCAGCGAUGAGAAGUGGUCUCCAGGAGGGCAGCGUGUCUUGUCUGCAUCCGCCAGUCCGAGAGUUUUUGUCAACACGGCACUCCGAGGAACCCCUUUUAGUUGCGUUUGCUUCUGA